AUGCCGAGGGGCUUCCUAGUGAAGCGAACUAAACGGACAGGCGGCUCAUACCGAGUGCGCCUAGCUGAGCGGGUCUUCCCCCUGCUGGGGCCCCAGGUGGCGCCGCCCUUCUCCCUGGAGGUUCCCAGUGCCUCCCUGCCCAGUGCGGAGCAGGCGGCGCCCCCUACCCAGGAGGAGCCUGGAAAGGGGCUGACGGCCCAGGAACUGUCGGGGUCACCCUGUCGGGAGGCUGGGGUGAGCCUGGGAAUAGGCGGGCAGGAAGGCACAGAAUGGAGGGUCGAUGACAGAGAGGGUCCCAGACCCAGCCCCAGCCCCGCAAAGCCGGCGGGCACCGAACUCCGCCGAGCGUUCCUGGAACGCUGCCUCAGCUCGCCUGUCUCCGCUGAGUCUUUCCCCGGGGGUGCCGCCACUGUGGCCACUUUCUCCUGCUCGGUGGCUCCAGCAACCGCACCGACCUCGGGGGAACAAUUUUUGUUGCCGCUCCGGGCACCAUUCCCAGAACCCGCACUCCAGCCAGACCCUGCACCCCUCUCCGCCACCUUGCAGGGCCUGAAGCGAGCCGCUGGCAGCGAGCGGCGUGUCAAGGUACCUCCAGGCUGUGCGCCUGGACUCACGGCAGCGGGAAUCAAGAAGCCAAAGGCCAUGAGGAAGUUGAGCUUUGCCGAUGAGGUGACCACGUCCCCUGUCCUAGGCCUGAAGAUCAAGGAGGAGGAACCAGGACCGCCUUCUAGGGGCUUGGGUGGCAGCCGCACACCUUUAGGAGAGUUCAUCUGCCAGCUGUGCAAGGAGCAGUACGCGGACCCCUUCGCACUGGCUCAGCACCGCUGCUCCCGCAUCGUGCGUGUUGAGUACCGCUGCCCCGAGUGCGAUAAGGUCUUCAGCUGCCCUGCGAACCUCGCCUCCCAUCGCCGCUGGCACAAGCCACGUCCUGCAGCAGCAAGCGCUGCCACAGUCUCCUCCGCCGACGGGAAGCCGCCUCCUUCAUUGUCUUCGUCCUCUUCGGACUCCGGGUCCAUUGCAUCUUUCCUGGCAGAGGGGAAAGAGAAUAGCCGGGCAGAGCGGACUGUGGAUCAGCACCCGCAGGUCAGGGACAGCUCCGGGGAAGAUCAGCACCAGGACAGUGCCCCGCACCAAGGCCUCCAGGUGCUUCCGCACCGAGAGUCACCACUGCCACAGGUCUCCUACCCAGAGCGGGUAUUGGGGCACCAGGUGCCUGCACUGGGCAGUGCCACUAGUGGCGGGGGAUCUGAGAUCUUCAUGUGCCCAUAUUGCUACAAAAAGUUUCGUCGCCAAGCCUAUCUACGCAAGCACCUGGGAACUCACGAGGCAGGCUCAGCUCGUGCGCUAGCCCCCAGCUUUGGCUCCGAACGUAGGGCUCCACUCUCCUUCGCUUGCCCUUUGUGUGGAGCGCACUUCCCAUCCGCAGAUAUCAGAGAGAAGCACCGGCUGUGGCACGCGGUCCGCGAGGAGCUGCUCCUGCCUGCUCUGGCGGGGGCUCCUGCUGAAGCACCGGGCCCGGGAGGUGCAUCUGAUGGAAGUGCUCAGCAAAUUUUUUCAUGCAAGCACUGUCCGUCCACUUUUUUUAGCUCUCCAGGGCUGACCCGGCACAUCAAUAAGUGCCACCCAUCAGAAAGUCGUCAAGUAUUGCUGCUGCAGAUGCCACUGCGGCCAGGCUGCUGA